AUCGGAAAUCCUGAAUAUUACCCGGCGGGUCGGGUCGGGGUUACCCGACGGGUAUUCAAUACCCGGUACCCGAAAUGCUACCCGACGCGUCGGGUAGCGGGUACCCGACCCAAAAUCGGGUAGCAUGUCUACCCGACGGAACCAGCGAGACAUUAGUCACGCUGGUAGAGAAAUUUCAUCAAGUUUCUAGGUUACGUGAGCUGCUAGGUCACUUAGAGCAUUGUAGAUUGGCAGGGGUUGGGUUUCGUAGAUACAGAUGCAUUCAGAGUGGUUGAAUUGGGGGGAAUUGGUUGGAAGUCAAACCAAUCGAAUUUCUUCAAUCGAAUUUGCAACCCAACCUGAAUCCAGCCAACCGCACAGCACCACAUUGGUUGGAGUUCCAACCAAUUGACUCUGGGGGUCAAAGAAUCAAACCCCCAGAAACCGCACACAACCCCAUCCCAACUAGAAAACCCAACCAACUCCUCACUCAGGCCCCACUCACGACCCACUCACCACACCAGAACUGUUAAAGAUUUGGCGCACCUCAUACUCCCUCCCGCAACUCACGUUUUUUUAAGCACUAUCUAGGUCGUCGGCUUAGUAGCCCAACAGGGCAGAAAAACGCGGGUAAUACUACCCGCUUUUCAAGGAAACCGGGUCGGGUAUACCCGGACCCGCCAGGUGGGUAUUAAAUUACCCGCCCCCAAAUCCCGGGUCCGGGUAUUGGUCCUGGGCAUGUUACCCGACCCGUACCCGACCCGAAAAUACCCGACCCGAAGUCGGGUAUAGCAAAACCGGGUCGGGUCAGGUAAAUACCCGGUUUUGCUCAUGCCUAUGCUAGGGAAUGCGGGAGUGGAGGUCUGGCUAGGUGGCUAAGGGAGUUCCAAGGGUUUGCAUAUUGUGUUUGCAUGCUAGCUUGGGAAUGGGAGUGAGGUGGCGAGCGUUUUGCGUUUAAGCGGUUGCGUUUAAACGCAAAACGCUAAGACGCUAGAAGAACGCAAAGGCUCGGGUUUUUUUCAUUUCGGGGCAGCCCGACGAAAAAAAGAAACGAAAAAGUUGCGCGACAGUUCGCGAUGUGUCGAAUCCAACCAGGAACAUCGUGAAAUCUAAUGAAGGUACAAUGCCAACCAAACACCUAAAAUUGCUUCAACCACUCUCCACCCCAUCUCAUCUAGGAAACCCAACCACCACUCCUCACAUACUUCUACUCACCAGAAACACGUCGAUCGUACAGAUCAGGCGACCUAGGUGCUCCUCAGCGCUCCCUGCUGCACUGUUAGCACUACUUAAUUGCAACGAUAUUGACCUAGACAGCAGUCUCUAGUCUAAGCGCCCUGCCCGAUUUAGCGCUGGGUCCGGGUUAGGGUCUUGGGCAUAUUACCCGACCCGGACCCGACCCGAAAAUACCCGACCCGAGGUCGAGCAUUACAAAACCGGGUCAGGUCGGGUAAUUACCCGGUUUUUCUCAACCCUAACGGAAAACGUCGCACUGGUUUCCGUCGGGUAAUUGCGCGACCCGGAAUUGGAUCGGGUACCUGUAGGCUUGAGCAAAAUUCCCGGCCGGGUCGGGUACCCGGGACCCGGAUCCGCUUUUUGGGCGGGUCGGGUAUCCGGAUUCCGGAUUAUUACCCGGCGGGUCGGAUCCGGGUUACCCGGGCGGGUAUUCGAUACCCGCUACCCGAAACGUUACCCGGUCGGGUAUUCCAUUUAGACAUGGGCGUAAGUCGCGCUGUGAUUUAGGUUUUGUUGCAAAACAGUUUGGGAGGUGAGGGGGGACGAGUGGAGCAUUUUUAGGAGAAGUUGGAGUUUGUACAUGGGGAGGAGUUAAGUUCGGUGAAAGGGAGAGAGUUGGGUGAGGUUGGAGAAAAGGUUGGAGUUUGUAGAUGGGUAGGAGUUCAGUGCGGUGAAAGGGAGGGAGUUUGGUUGGAAAUUGGAGUGUGUAGACUGGGAGGAGUUCAAUGCGGUGAAAGGGAGGGAGUUUGGUUGGAAAUUGGAGUU